AGAGGGACACUCUGAAUGUAACAGAACUGAAAGGUCGGGGGUCCUGCUGAAGAGUGAGACACACUCUACAUUUGCUGCUGUCACUGGGCUGCUGCCUGGCCGGGGCACAGGUUCUGAUGGAGAAAGAAAAGAAUGGCAGCGAUACUGUCCGUUUGCUGCUGUUGGAGCAGCUGAAGGAGCUGAAGGAGAUGAAGGAGGGGCUGGCCACCGCAAAGACGGAGCUGCAGGCCGUGGAGGCGAGACUGCUGCUCUGUGAAUCUCACAUCGCUGAGCAGAAGGGUGGAAAUACGAACAGCAGGGUGGCGUUCUCAGCUGCAUUAUCCGAAGGAGGAGAUCGAGGGCCACUGAACAUAGGAAUCACCUUGAUCUACAAAAAGGUCUUUACCAACAUUGGCAAUCACUACAGCCCAGCCACAGGGAUCUUCACUGUGCCGGUGAAAGGAGUCUACUGCUUCAUAUUCACUGCCUUCAGCACCGGCAGACCAGCGGGAUCUGGCGUCACUCUCUACAAGAACACGGAGCCCAUAGUGACCUCAUUAAACUGGAUAGAUGCUCAGGAUUAUGCCACCAAUGCAGUCACUCUGGAGCUGAAGGUGGGAGAUCAAGUCUACAUGCAUUUCCCACCGGACCGCAAAGUCUACGAUGACCUUCUGAAUCGAACCACCUUUAGCGGCUUCCUGCUCUUCACCCUGUGAAGAGGAAGACCAUGCCGCGAUGAAGAUGAGAGUGAGAGUAUCAGUGCGGUCAGGGAGCUGCACUCAAAAAAUAUUUUAUGAUUUAUGCAUUUUAAAUGCACACAGAAUUUCCAUCCAUUUUGUAAGUAAUUAAGUAAUUUUAAUGUAAGCCAAACAACAAACUGCAUGUGAUGUGUUUAAGAUUUAGCAGAUUUAUAUUCGUUAUAAUUGAUUUUAAAUAAAUAAGACCAAGUUGAUGUGUUUGCUUAAUUCCAGUGAAUGCUUUGAAGCGUGGGGUAGACCUGUAACCUAGAGCUACAGGUUAAAUUCCCAGAUAGGACACUGCCGUUGUACUCUUGAGUACGAUACUUACAUUGCUUCAGUAUAUAUCCAACUGUAUAAAAAUAAUACUAAAUAACAAAUACAAAACCUGUGCAAAUCACUCUGGAUCAGAGCACCUGCUGAAUGCCCGUUGUUUAACGUGAAGAAUAUGAAAUAAAAAUGCAUACAGACACAA